ACAAUGCUUGUCUCAGGCAGCGAUGAUUGCAAGGUUAACGUAUGGUGCACAAGGCAAGAUGCAAGUAUUCUCACCAUAGACGUGAAAGCAAAUAUCUGUUGUGUGCAGUGUAAUCCAGGCUCAAGAAAUUAUAUUGCGGUUGGUUUAGCAGAUUGUAACAUUCAUUAUUAUGACUUAAGAAGGAUCAACGAACCAUUAUAUGUAUUUAGAGGUAACAGGAAAGAAGUUUCAUAUAUCAAAUUCAUAUCAACAAAUGAAUUAGCUUCUGCAUCAAUAGACAGUGCAUUGCGAUUGUUGGAUGUGAAGGAAAAUUGCCAUGUGCGUACAUUCAAGGGACAUACUAAUAAGCAUAAUUUUGUCAGUCUUACAGUCAACGGUGAAUACAUAGCUUGUCGCAGCGAAACGAAUGAGGUGUUUGUAUACCACAAAGCUAUUUCAAAGGCUGCUGCUUGUUACAAUUUUGACGGUCUGGAUCUAGAUAACAGUGAUCAUAAAGCAUCACAUUUUAUAAGUGUCAUUACUUGGAAGAGUAGGAACCCUACAAUGUCAGCUGCAAAUGACCAAAAGCGCCAUGAAAAGUCUCAGAAAACUUUCAGAAAGUGCAUUUCUGGACAAAGGCAUUUAUCCCACAUUCCCUGUGGAGGAGAACUUUUUGAUAUUUAA